AUGAAGUUUAUCUACCAACUCGUGCCUCUCUUCGUUGCGGCGCUCCAUGUCUCUGCUCACGGUGUCAUCACCAAUGUAUCCGGUGCCAAUGGUGUUGCCGGACAAGCCUUCGGCGUCGUGGCAACCACGCCUCGUACCGGCUCCAAGCGCGAUCCAUUCCAGCAGGACUCCAGCAUCAUUCGAGAUAGAGAGAUCUCCAGUGGCAAGGCCGGCGUAUGCGGACGCACACUCGGUGGGGGGAAUAAUGACGUGCAAGCUAUGCUCGCGGCUGCAUCGAGCGCCGGUCUACCAUCUGUUGCGGCCGAUGGGUCGGUUCAGAUGACGCUACACCAAGUCAACGGUGACGGUGCUGGGCCAUACUCAUGCCAGGUCUCUGCUGAUGCAACAGGGCAGAACUUCGUCACGAUGGAUGUCACCCAGCAAGUUCCAGGCAUUGCUUCAAUCAGUCUCGCCAAGGCCACGCCCUUCCCUCUCGUAGCUCAAAUGCCCGCUGGUAUGACAUGCACGGGCGGGCCCACUGGUGACGCCUGCAUCGUUCGCUGCCGAAAUGUUGCUAUCGCAGGUCCUUUCGGCGGAUGUGUUGCCGUUACCAAUGCCAACGGCGGAAACGCCACCGCAGCAGCAGCAGGAACUGCAGCGGGUGUUGCGGGAACUGGUGUCGUAGCAGGUACUGCCGCUGGUACUGCCGCUUCUGGCGUCGCAGGGACUGGCGUGGGUGCUGGUGCUCCUGGCGCCGCGGGAACUGCCGCUACUGGUGUUGCUGGAACUGCUGCGGCUACCGGUGCUGCUGGCGCUUCUAUAGCAAACGCCAACGGAGCUGCUGCUGCUGCGAAGGUUGGCGCAGGCGGCACUGGUAUCGGCGCUGGUGUUGGGUCCGUUGUUGGAUCCCUUCUUUCUAAGGCCGGCGACGCCGCUGGACCACUUGCCGACGUAGCCGGGCUAGCAGGGAUCGCACGGGCAUUGACGAAGUCACAGAAGCAGCAGCAAGUUAGCGACGUCGAGGAUAUUAAUGAUAUUUCGAUUGAGGAAGCUGAAGCGGCAUUGGCGAAGGAUCUAGACCGCCGACAGCGUGUGAGGCGCUCAAGGAUUGUGGGUCGUCUUGCUCUUUGA